AUGUGUCAACUCGAUGGAAUUUAUGGAGAGAAAGAGAGAGAGAGAUAUGUCCCCCGUGUCAACUGUUUCCCCAGCUGUUUUUCCCCGGUGUUCGAGAAUGUUCGAUGGAGAGAUCCCGAAGCGAAGCGCCUGAAUCACGACACCAUAACCUUCUCCGAGGUUUUAUCCCAUCUUGACUGGAUCAGUGUUGUUGUGUUGUAGGGUUGUAGUUGUGAAGGUUAGUGUUGUUGUGUAGUUGUGAGGAGUCGUGUUGUUGUAGAGUUGCGUUAUUGAAGUUGUGUUGUAUUGCUAUUUUAAUUUAUUGUUUUUGUUACUCCCGUGAUAAAUUUAUCUAAUCGAGUUGAUUAUCGUUUAUUCUCGUGUUUAUUUUAAAGGGGAACAAAAUCAUUCGAUUACCCGAUUUCCACAUCCGCAACCUUCCACUUGGAAGGCCAUGUGUUUCCAGGUAGAAGGUGUUGAAGGUAAUCGACUGCAGAGACAGCCGCAAGACCACAAGCCAUCUCGUUAUUUCUUUUCUAUCCGAAGGUGAAUCGGACAAUGCGCCAAUGUAAUAGUCAAUCCAAGAGACAAGGCCAGGCAAAAAACGGUUAUUGUAUUAUCUCUUUUGUUUUUGCGUGGACAAAAUUUUGCUUUUGUAUGGAUAUCAUUUAUAUACGCAUUGCCUUUGAUUACAGUAAAUCAGUUGCUUUUUAAUUGUGACUCGGAGAGUUCCAGGUGCUACUUUUAAAUUUGUGGCCUUAAAAAGCCGCAUGUUGUUGCCCUUUAGAGAAGCAGAAACCGGUCUUCGUUGAAGUUUAACGAGCCGUUGGAAGGAUGAGUAACUGAACCUCCUAUACAACACCAUUGGUCCGUCUACGCCAUUUAUUACGUCUCUCCGUGGAAGGGCUGCUAUUCAAUAGUCUUUGAAGGCGUUUUUGGACGGGUGACUGAACGUACGGGAUGUGCCCUCACGGGGCGGAACGUACGGGACAGCAGUUACGGGGACAUAUACAUAUGUAGGAUAGCAACUUGCGGGGAGGUUCUCUGCGGGGCAAAGGCAAACGCCGAGCCUGCCGAGUAUCGGGGGAAUAAAUAGGAAUUAAAUUUAUUCAACUACUGGCUACUCUUGACGGCGCAAGCUGAUUGUUUCGACGGGCCCCAGGACGGCGAAGAAUUUGGCCCGGUCCUUCAACACGCGACGACCUUCCACUAUUUUCCCGACAGACUGAUGAUAAUUUUUUUUUUCAGUGCUCAUGGUCUUGGAUGUCCAAAAUCACAAUCCUUGUAACCCAAUCCCCUUGUUGUUAUUAACUGGAUGUGCUAGCCGCCGUUUCAACUGUUUGUUUUGUAUACCAAAUGUACGACCAAAUUUGCGUGGGAGGUCUUGGCAAGAACCCUUGAAAGGAACAAACAUAUUCCAUGACGCUUGUUGAACAAAACUUGUGGCCGUCUGUGAUGGCAAACAGGUAAUCAUAUUUGUAUUCUCCCAUCUUCACUUCAAUAAUUUGGUUUAUGUUUUUUGGGCUUUCAUAACCUUAAUUUCCGUGACUAAAUGGCCCACGAAAGUUGCCGGGUUUUGCAUUAAUUUUAUGCGCACCUCUAACGAAAUUUGCCAAACCUUAAUACGGUUAUAUUUCAGAUUUAUAUGUUCGACUGGCCUGUCAAUGAGAUCAGUUUUACAUUCUUCAUUAUUGAGUUUCUAUUGGCAAUCCCAAACUUAACGUUGAAUAUUUAUUUUGCCGUCAAAUUGCAGAGACUAGCUACGAUAAAUCCGAAUUUGAAAAUUAUUUUGGUGAGUUCUCUUUUGCCUAAAUUUGAACGUCACACUUCGAUGUCAUCCUGCCGCGACAAGUCUCAAUUUUUCGAUUUUCCAGGUAACCCAAGCCAUUUUCUUCAGCUACACAGCUGUUAUUCACGCUAUCACAAAUUUCAUCCCGCUGAGUGCGGUAAAAUACGUCUAUGACAACAAAGCCUUUGUCAUAAUUUUGUACUCAAUAGUGUUCACCUCGCAGAUUACAAAUUUCUACUUUGAUCUGAAAUUCAUUUUGAUUGGAAUCGAGCGAACAAUCGCCUUUAAACGUAAGGCGACAUAUGAGAUGGAAGGCGGUCAUGUUGGGCGAGAAAUUGUAACAGUUGCAUUGGCUAUGGCAUUGGUUAUUUCCGUUGUACGAUGCGACAUUGUUUGGAGACUGAAUUCGACAGUUGAAUUUGAUGCGAGGAUGAGAAAAGUGAUGAUGUGGGACAAGUAUUUCCCUGGGGUCUUAUUUGCCUUCUCAAUGGCCACGUGUGCUAUGUUUUACGGGGUUUUCGUAAGCGUUCUGUACAUAAUACAUAUAAUGGUGUCUUAAGAUCCUAAGAGAUUUUUACAAAGUAUUUGCGAAUAUCUUUGUACUUUUGAAGAGUCAAAUGACCCGCCAAAAAUGGUCUCUCCGCCGACUUGAGAAAAAAUUGUUUUCCAUGUUCUAAAAGAGUCCGACUUAAAAUUUCAAAGACAACUUGAACUUCUUGGAUAGCCGCGAAGAGCACAACGAUAUUUGCAGUUACUUUGUGGAAUACUCUAUCGCCCUGUAUGUGAAAUUUUGGUUUUAGGUGUUCCGUAGUCUCUCCAAAAAGCUGCGAAAGCUAGAGUCAAGUUCCCUCUCCGAAAGCUAUGAGACACGUCAAAUUGUCGCGACGAUGGCUUGGCUUCGCCGCCUGGCCGGAGCCUUUUUGUGCACUACUGUCGGAAACUUCCCGUUUAUGGGCUUCACCUGUUACCUUUAUUUCGUUCUCGGUUAUGAUGAGGACCAUCCUUGGAUGUUGAUGAUGGUAACGGUGAGUUGUCGUCAGUCUGUAGUAACAUAAAGAUUUUUUCUAGGUUAUGUUCAACAUGGGAAAUCUUUAUGUUUGUUUAACAACGGUUUUCAUGUUUCAAGAAUUUCCACAGCUGCGCAAUGCUGUUUACAAAGACUUUCCAUUCCUGAAAUGGGCCGAGCCAGCGAAGGUCAUAAGCCGAGACGAAUGCAAUGCAAUGUAUUUUGAAGUCCUCAGAACGACGUGGAGGCAUCCAAGGGAUUAG